GUGCGGAGCGCGGGCUGCGCAGUCUCCAGCGCAAACCACCUUUAUGCCUUGGGGGGGAUUAACGCAGACCACCAAAUCCACAACUCCCUCGAAGUCCUAAACCCUGAAGGAGGCCAGUGGGUGUUUUUGGCUCCAAUGCCGGGGCCCCGCAUGGACUGCGCGGCGGUUUUCCUCAAGGACUCCAUCCUGGCCUUGCGGGGGGGUGGGGGGCCUAGGGUGGACUGCGCGGUGGUUUUGGGCAAAGACUUCAUUCUGGUGACGGGGGGGCAGGACGGCGAAGUGUUGAGCAGCACUUGUUUUUAUAAUCCGGAAACAAAUGAAUGGAGACAAGGGCCUUCAAUGGGGACUCCUCGCUACGGCCACAACCUCGUUGUCACAGCUCUCUAG